UGCCAUACUCUCUGCAUCUCUGCACUGGACCACCCAUCAUCUCACUUGUGCUCUCCAUAGUGACGCCUCACCUCUCCCUCCACUCUUCAUCAACAUCCCUCGACAGGAGUAAACAAUGUUGGUCAAGCUCUUGCUGGUAGGUCUAGCCACAUCCAACAUGUACCACAAGACAGGCACCAACAGCACUAAUUAUAUGUGCGACAUGGUGAGUCAGCAGACGGAGCAGUACAUCCCGUACCAUCUCGAUACCAGCAGCUACCUCAACUAUAUAAUGCGUCAAUUCAACAGCUUUAGCACUUUUACGAUGGUGAAACCUGACACUGUACACAGACUGGGUGACGUGGUGGAGAUGAUAGAGGCUGGCGGGUUGAAGAUCAAUCGCAUGAAGAUGGCGUGGUUGUCGAGGAAACAGGCGGCCCAGCUAUACACAGGUUCUACUGGCAAGCCUCACUACCAAUAUGUUCUGGACUACGUCACAAGUGGCCCUGUUGUGGGAAUGGAGCUGAGAGGACAAGACGCCGUGGCUCGGUGGCGCAAGAUGCUAGGAUCCGUGAAAGAUGAGACUGCAAGUGAAGAUUCCCCGAAGACCAUCAGAGAAAAGUUCGGGACCAAUCGACUAUGUAACGCAGUUCACGGGUCAAGCACUGGAGACUCCGCCACCAGAGAGAUGAAUCUGUUUUUCUCGUCUUCUAAUGUGAGUGAUAACACGAUUCAAGCUUCCAGUGGGAUGAAUUUUGUCCUUAUACCUUACAAUGAUACAUCAGGUAAAUUAGGGAGAACCCUGGCGUCACUUCAAACUGCAGGGUUCAGCAUCAGUUUCCUGGAGAUGUUCAACUUUACAGAAGCACAAGCUGAUGAGUUCCUGAAUAAGUAUAACAACUUAGUUCAACAAUAGCCAUUAGAGGCACGUGUAGCGAGACAGGUGUCAUCAGAGAACUUGGUGAGAAGGGUCAGGGAGACUCAAAGAAAAUAAUGUUCAGCCCAGAGCUAGCUGGCCAAGCCACACCCCAUGUACGUCGAACUAUGAAGCAAUAAACACUUUAUUUGCGACUCUGGCAAGAUCAGAUGUAAACAACGCCAGUUUAAUGAAGGAAUUUGUGGUGUUGGCUGCAUUGUAUGUGAUGAUUGUAAUGAAGCUUAGAAAAAAUAAAAAGUAAAUAUCA